CAACAUUUGAACUUGUCAGCUUGACUAUAUAAUGGUGACAAAACAGCCGCAAAUUUAACAUAUUGCGUUAUGGAUACUUUGUUGUAUCCAAUAGUUAUUGCUGUCGUUGUGUGUUUUGUAACUGUUAUACUCUAUUGGUUAUCAGUCAGAAAGAGACUUAGAAACGUGUUGUUUAUUGGUGCUUGUGAUUCAGGGAAAACAACUCUUUUUUCUUCUAUUCUAUAUGGAAAUCCAUCUUCCACUUUUACAUCUCUCAAUGAGAAUGUUGGGAAUCUAAAAACAGAUAAAAAAGCUCUUGUUCUUGUAGAUGUUCCUGGCCAUGACAAAGUUCGAAACGAGAUAAUGAACAAAUAUAAAUCGGAUACUUUGGCAUUGGUAUUUGUCAUAGAUUCAAAGUCUAUUCAAAAUGACGUAAAAGAUGUUGCUGAGCAAGUCUUCCUAUUCUGUAUAACAAUCACCGACACGUUUUGUAGGUUUUUGUACAAUAUACUUGUGGAUAAGGUUUUUGUAAAGAAUCGCGUAAAAUUACUAGUAGCUUGCAAUAAACAAGAUGCUACCACGGCAAAAGGUGUCAGUGUAGUGACUCAUUUGCUUGAAAAAGAAUUGAAUACUCUUACAUUUACACGUACUGGUGCGCUUGCUGGCCUCGAUCAGUCCACCAUAUCAACAUUGACAAAGCCGGGAGUGACCUUCACUUUUGCAAAAAGUCGUUUGCCGGUGGAUUUCGUCGAAAUUUCUGCUACAAAUAAUGCUUCUGCAAUUCAUAAGUGGCUUGUGCAAUUAUAAGUUUGCGAGAAAACUUACUUUUUUUGUAUUAAAAGAUACAUGAGUUCUCCUCUUGUUAAUACAUUUUUACCAACAUUAUGUUUCUUGUGAAUAUGCUGUAAUUUCAUUUCACCACUCCGUUGAAUAUUCAUGGGUAUUAUCUAUCGGUCAGAUUACUUACGGAUAAUAUAUAUUCUUUUGAUGGUUCAUAGUGAACUGCUACCUCGAAAUGUUGUAAAAUAAACUAGUGCACUAUUGCUAUUAUAAAGUGUAGGUGACCCUUUAACAGCAGGAUGCAUGAAAAUGG